UUGAAAGGAUUGUAACCCGGAAAUAAAUAACUUCACGUGUUGGUGUGUGUGAAAAUGUCUGCUGGCGUUGCGGUGAAAAGACCCAAAACUAUGCCCUCUGAGGCAGGGGACAGGGUGGACUGGAAGAAAAGGAAAGCAGAACUAAAGGAGGCUAAUAAGCAAAAGAAAGAGGCCAAGCUGAUCAAACAGUUGGAAAAGCAGAAGCGGCAAGAGGCCACAGAGAGAGAGAAACUUGAACAAGGCCAAAACAAAAAAGGUCGGGCUUACACAGUGAGUGUGGCCCUGCCAGGUUCUGUCCUGGAUAACGCUCAGUCCACUGAACUUCGUACAUACCUGGCUGGACAGAUCGCCCGAGCCUGUGUCGUGUUCUGUGUUGAUGAGAUUGUUGUGUUUGACGAACAAGGGGAAGAUGUGAAGAGCGUUGAAGGAGAAUUUAAAGGUGUUGGGAAGAAAGGGCAUGCUUGUAUUCAGCUUGCCAGAAUACUUCAGUACCUGGAAUGUCCACAGUAUCUGCGCAAGUGGUUUUUCCCAAAGCACCAAGAUUUACAGUAUGCAGGUUUGCUUAACCCUUUAGACAGUCCUCACCACAUGAGGAUAGACGAUGAAUCAGAAUACCGGGAAGGAAUAGUCCUCGACCGGCCGACUAAACAAGGAAAAGGCUCAUUAGUCAACUGUGGAAUGAGAAAGGAUGUUCGCAUUGAUAAACAGCUGCAAUCUGGACUUCGAGUCACAGUACAGCUCAAUCAGAGACAGAAUCAAGUGUGUGUGUGUGUGUGUGUGUGUGUUUAUUAUUUAUUUAAAAUUUUUCUUCUGAGAAAAAUAUUUGUACAUCAGCCGUGUGUGUGCGUGUGUCCAUCAUCCUCAGAGAGCAAAGUAUGUAAAGGUGUGGUGGUGGCUCCUCACAUGCCCAGGACAGAAGGAGGUCUCUACUGGGGUUACAGUGUCCGCCUGGCAUCUUGCCUCAGUGCAGUUUUCACAGAAAGUCCAUAUAAAGAAGGAUACGAUCUGACUAUUGGCACAUCAGAGAGGGGCAGCAACAUGGACCAAACGACACUGUCACCAUUCAAGCAUCUUUUGGUAGUUUUUGGAGGUCUUCAGGGAUUGGAGGCCAGUGUAGAUACCGACCAAAACCUGGACGUGACUGACCCCCGUGUUUUAUUUGACCUUUACCUCAACACAUGCCCGGGUCAGGGCAGCAGGACAAUUCGCACAGAGGAGGCCAUCUUAGUUUCCAUGGCAGGGCUGAGACCGAAGAUCACAGCUGCCUUUUCAGACAUUUCCAAUGGUUUAUUAAAGAGUUAGUGAUGGAGGAAAGUAAACAGAGACAUGCUGGCAGACAUUUUGUCAUCUUCCAAAUUCCAUAAUCAACCUUUUAGCGUUACUUACUGUUAAAACAGCUAAAACCUCAAACAUCACAUUACACACAUCAAUGCAUUGAGUUGUUAGAUACCUGUAAAAUGUUAAGUCUGUAUGUCUUUUGUUUUUGAAUGGCUCAACAAAUUGUACAUAUUUAAAUACAAAUACUAUCCACGGGCUUGAACUGACUCACUGACUGUAUUUUUCAAAGCAUGUAAUUAGUUUUUUGAUUAAAAGUACCAGAACAACAAGGACAAAACAUUUGGCACUGAACUUCUGAAUUAAAUUUUCAUCAAAGAACUCUACACUCAGCUUCAAGUUUCUGAGCGAGGAGAUCAAACACUUUCCUGCAUUAAGAGAAAGUCGCCCACCUGCUUCUAGUAACAUUUGAAGAGUUUGUAGAUUACAAGCCUUUACAGCUCUCAGUUUGUGUUGUGGGUGCAAUCACUUUCCAGUCACCAUGCAUGCUGCAUGCAUCUUUUCAAAUUUUAUUUUCCAUCAUAUAAGCCAGGCCCAGAUUUAUUUUAAUGCCAGAUUUAAAUGAGGCUUGCAGUAUUCUUCUAGGUUAUUUGUGAGGCACCUGUGUGUUAUUAUGGAUAAGAGUGGUAUGCACUCAGUUUCCAGAUUGCUAGAACACCUAACGGAAACUAAUGCAGUCUGAUGCAACAGUCCUGCAAUAAAUCCUACCUUCACGAAGGUUACUAUGUUCAGCUUCUGUUGAAACUGUUUUAGAGAGGUGCUGAGUCAACGUUUUGGUAAUUUUGGAGCCUGUAGUUGGUGGUGCUGUUGAGUUGUAUUCACAGGUAGUCACUGAAACUUAUUCUACCCUCAUUGGUAUAAAUUUAAUGGUCAAAUUUUUAGAAACUUCUGAUCAUGACUAAUGAAGCACAUUUGCGUGUGAAGUGAAGCAGCAGGGCCUUAAGAUCAAUAUUCUUACACAUUAUGUCCACAGGUUAAUUUUUUUCCACAAGGCAAAACAGUUUAUGAAAUUACACCCUUCUCUGCUUCACAUUUUAAAUUUAAAAUUGCAAUUUCACUUUUAAUUUAAUCACACUGAGAGCAACAUACUGAUACAUAUCAUAACACUACCAUGAUGCAUUCUGUUGACUAUUUGAACUUAAGAUGCAUGCGCUGGAAUGCCACUGAGGUUAAAAAAAAAAAAAA